GAGCCUGCCCUCACCUGCAUCAGCAGAGGCAGCGAUACUAGGAUCCACUCAGCAGCCAGUUCUGUCAUCAUGGAAGGCAAGGAAAUCCCCAUCAAGAGUGAGCCUCCAUCAAAACCACCUGCAUCUGCCCCCCCAUCGAUCCUGGUGAAACCAGAAAACUCAAGAAAUGGCACUGAAAAGCAAGUCAAAACUGUGAGAUUUCAGAAUUACAGCCCUCCUCCUACCAAACAUUACACCUCCCAUCAUCCCACCUCCGGAAAGCCUGAACAUCCAGCCACCCUCAAGGGGUCUCAACCUGAAGCAGCCUCCUUGGGUCCAGAGAUGACCAUCCUAUUCGCCCACCGAAGUGGUUGCCACUCUGGACAGCAGACAGAUCUCCGAAGAAAGUCAGCUUUUGGCAAGGCUAUGACCCCAGUGUCCACUGCCUCAGCUACACAGAUCACAUUUCCCAACAAAUGAGUCUAGGGGUGGUUUUUCUUAAACCACGAAGAGGUGAAUUGCAUUUAAAUACAGUCCGCCUCCAGUGAAGGCAUCCUGCCAUUAUUUGGUGACUUGAACAUGGGUCAAGUCACCAAAACAUGCCCAUUUUACCUCCAGGAAAGGAAAAGUGGGAACAGGAAUUGCUGCCCUGCUUUGGGUGGCUUUCCAAACAAUGUACUCAGGAGAGUGUCACACCUAUGUCCUCCAGUGGAGAGUAUGGCCUCUCAUUCUGUGUAGAGUUUCUGUGUUGUCCUAAAGGGGGCUUCAACCACAAGUGCAGCAAUGGUCAGAUUGUUGGCAUUGCUUCUUUGUCCUUAUUACCAUUUUCUCCUCACUGUCACACUAGAACAACUUCUAUGCACUGGCUUCGUCCACAGACUCAUAAUUCUGCCUACAAAGGGAAAAUUUGGGAGAAGGAUAUGAGAUACUUUGUUCUGAGAAACCUCUAAAACUAAAGGAAGUCAGCUUUCUGAGUUUACCCCAAACAAGAAGGUCAGAGAGAAAACUGACUACCAAAAUAUCAAACAAUUUGCAUUGUCAAAUUUUUUGCUUUUCCUGGUUUCUUCUCAUUUGGGGGAGACAAUUCAACAAAGUUAAUGAGAACGUUCCAGUCCAAGACUAAAGGAGGGGUGCUUCUUAGAGGAAAGAUGCUGUCAGUUCUGGACCAAGAAGGUUAGAGAGGGAAAGGGGAGAAAGGAGGAGGAAAAAAAGGGAGGGUGAAAAAGUACAGAGAAGAUGACGAAGGGAUAAGAGUUGGAGAGAAAGAUGAACUUAUCAGGGAAGAAAAUAAAAAAGGAAUGGGGAAGGCAACCCUUACAUUACUGAUAGAGAAGGAAAAGGACAGUCUGCAAUGGAAAAGGGGUAAAAACCAGGUGACCCCACAAACACGGGACUGAAAUGAGUGGACCCAGCUAGGCAGAGCCUUGUAAACAGGGGUGAAGGAGCCAUCCCAAAGAGCCAAGGCCAUGCUGUAAGACAGCCCAUUAAUUCUCAUUAAACUUAAUUGUUGUGAUUUAACA